AUGGAAACAGAGCUGCGAAAGUACGCGAGGUACUCGCGUGCUCUCAAAUGUCUGCUCGUGUUGUCCGGUGUGUGGCCGGAUUUCCAUCCGGUUAUCCAACCCAUGCUCGGCUGCUUCGCGGUUUUCGUCUGCUCCCUCACCGCAAUGGCCACCCUAAAUUUCAGUAUUCACCACAUCACCAAUUUUGUCGUGAUGACUAAAUCUUUGACCAUAGCCAUAGGCCUAUGUUUAUCCACUAUAAAGAUUGUCGUCUGCUUGCGGCACCACGACGGCCUCGUCUACCUCAACUCGUCUCUCACCGCCAGUUUCGACGCCGACAACCAGAACAAGUCCUUUCGUCGCUUCACCUUAGCCAAGGUCAACAUCUUCGCCAACCUUUUCUAUACCUUGACCAUCGCCGUAGGUCUAGCCACCGGCAUGGGCGUAGUUUUUCUCAUUCUCGCACUUCUUCACGGCAAAUACGUCAUGGUAUGGCCUUCGAUCUUUCCGUUCAGCUACGAACCCGGUGGCCGGGUCUACUGGAUCCUGCUUCUGGUUGAGUUAUCAGCCAACAUUUUUGCUUGGGCUGUGCCCAGUGGGGUGGACUCGGUUUUCGGCUGGUACACUAUGCAGAUCUGCGGGGAGUUCAGAGUCCUGGCUCACAAGUUUCAGAAUUUGAAGACGUCGGAAAACUACCAAGAUGACCUGAAGGAGUGUCUGGAGAGACACUACGCCUUGAUGAAGUCGGGAGAGGUACUGCAGGAUGUGUUUGGAUUUCUGGCGAUAAUGGUAGCUGUUACCAGCGCUGUAAUUCAGUGCAUGCUUAUUUUUCAAGCUAUCCAGGUAUUCCAACAAUUGAGCUUCGGUAUGAUGAUCUUAAUAUUUGCAUUCAUCACACUUAAACACGUUCAAGCCUUCAUCUACGCGUGGUACGGUCAACUCAUUGCCGAUGAGAGCGAAGAUUGCAUCGAGGCGAUGUACUGCGCCCAAUGGGCUGGAUCUGGAGACAUUCGUUUUAUGAGUGAUGUUCUCAUGGUUCUAUCACAAAAGCCGAUGGUAUUUCGAGCUAAAGGCUGUAUGUCACUGAAGAUGGACAUGUUUAUCAAGGUUCUGAAUACAUCCGUAUCAUACUAUUUCCUACUUCAAACGUUGGACGAAGGGUUGCAGAGUUAG